ACGGCCCGCAGCGCCGUCGCGCCGACGCAUCGCCCCGCGCUCCCAGCACCGCCGUGCCCGCGUGUCCCCCGUGCCAGGAUUACAGUGAUACUCCCCACAGUGCAGUGACGAGCUCGGAUUACUUGAAACUAAAGUGCACCUUUCGCCGCGCGAAAGCCGAAAUCGGGUCACCGAUAAGCGGCGUUGUGCAACAGCAGCGCGCGGAACUCUCGCGUGGCCUCGCGCUCUCCCGCGGGUCCGCAGGAAGCGUGUCGCAAGCGGGAAGUGGCGCAAGCAGCACCGGGAAGCCGCCGCCGCCGGCUCCCGAGCCCCGCCCCGCGCCCCGCACACCCCCGCCCGGGGCGCCUUCAGGAGCGCCGCUACACCUGAGCCUUUCUUCCCUAUACAAUUUCCCUUAGUGUUGGAAUGAUGGGCGAGGGCCUGCUGACACUCACGUAUGGCAAGCACCACGCGUGCAUACUGAACGAGGUGGGGUCGGCGUGGCGCGGCUCCCGCUACUCGGACCUGGUGCUGGUGUGCGACGACGCGGUCCCGCUCGCCGCGCACCGCAUCGUCAUGGCCGCCGCUAGUCCCCUCAUCAGGAAAAUUCUCGAUGACACUCCAACCAUUGAGAACCCCGUCACCAUCCAUAUGUCAGGCAUCAACAGCACACUCAUGCGCCACUUGCUCGUCUUCUUAUACAGCGGUCAAGCUUAUAUCGAGUCGGGUGAAAUAGAUGACAUGCAAGAGCUAUUCGAACUGUUAGAAAUCAAAUCAGAUGUUUGGAAAUCCACUAAGGAAAGACGGCAAGCUGAAGAAAGGAAUCGAUCAUGUGAAAGACUAAAGGCAAAAAACUUGAAAACGGAUAUCAACAGCAAUGAAAGCAGUAAACAUGAGGCACCAUCCGGAUCAUCACAUUCAGAGAGUGACCGAGUCACGCCCGGAGCAGGAUACAGUAAGGACACACAUGUAGCUGAUGAAUCAAUGAGUAUAAAAAAGGAAAGCAUGUCUAAUAGUAGUAAUGAUGAACGGGAAGAGGAAGAACACGAUUCGGAAAACAAAGAAUGUCGAAGAGUAGCUGGAAGAAGAAGAAGCUCUUUAAAUCCAGUGAACCUCUCGGUGACUCGCAACUCGGAAAACGCUGGCAGUGAACACGAGGACUCACAAGAUGUGGAUGUUGAAACAGUGGCAGCAAAGAACAUUGGGCGAAGACGGUCUACUUCAUCAAGCCAAGACGAUCCACCACCUGAAACUGUAUACAGGAGACAACUACUCGGUGACCGACUCGGGAGAGUAAUUGAAAGAGCUAAAAGAAAAUCACAUUAUUUGGAACCACCAGAAUUGGACCUGCGAACAUCAGUAAAAUUAGAAGAUUACCCGCAUCUUAAACCACCAGACCAAGAUCUAAUGUCUCUCGUUCAAACAUCACCCGAAAACUAUGUUGUCACGCCACACCGGAAGAGAAGACCAGGUUUCCACAAUUCACCUUCACAAAAUCCGCCAUUCGUGUCAUUUCCUCCUAGUUACUUGGAGGAGAUGGCGCAGCUGCGGUACGCGCAGGGACCUGGAGCGGUGGCGGGAAUAGCGGCGCGCGGGCUUGGAGUCUUGCACCCGCUGAGCGCGUCUGCUCCUCCCUACCUGCCGGAGAGAAGUGCGACCCCGCCGGCGUCGGCGCACGAGGACUCGCUCAAGUACCGGCCGCCCAGCGCGGGGUCGUGGGGCCCGUGGCUCUGCCAGCCGCAGAUGGGCGCCGACGAGCCGCCGCCCGCCGAGCACGAGCAGGGCUCCAGCAAGCAGGCGCCCGUGCGGGAGUACCGCUGCGAGUACUGCGGCAAGCAGUUCGGCAUGUCGUGGAAUCUCAAGACGCAUCUCCGAGUGCACACCGGCGAGAAACCCUUCGCUUGUCGACUCUGUGUGGCCAUGUUCAAGCAGAAGGCGCAUCUGUUGAAACACCUGUGUUCGGUCCAUCGCAAUGUGAUAUCGUCUAGUGAGAACGACGGGCGGACCAACACUCCCGGCCGGUUCAACUGCUGCUUCUGCCAGCUGACCUUCGAGGCGCUGCCGGAGCUGAUCCGGCAUCUCUCGGGGCCGCACAAUAGUUUGCUGCUGAGCAAAAAUCUUCAUGAAUGACGACCGCCCCCUCGACGCGGCCGGUCUCGUAAUCUUGAACUUUGAUUUCUUUCUCUCGAUCUGAGAGUUUAAUUGUGAUAUGGUUUUAAGAAGGUUCUAGUUUUAAGAAUGUAGUUUAAGGUAUGUGUGAUAUCGCAGAGCGAUACUCGUUUUAAGCCAUUCGCUGCAGGAAUGAUAACUCUAAUUGACUAAUUUAAAAAUCUGUGUUUUGUCGAAGGGUCCAAUCAUUAUAAUUUGUUUAAAAAUUAUAAUCCGGGACCAAUAUUACCUUCCAAGAUAGUAUUUAUUUGAAAGAUGUAUUUCAUUAGGGUAAAUAUUAUUUAAAAGCCACCGACACUUUUAUUCCUUAAGCAUAGCCAAUAAAUACGUAAGUCGAUGAAAAGUUGCGAAGUGUUUCGGCACAACAAGAUCACAGCGUCACUUUAACUACCUCCUAAUUUAAAUCAGUAUCUCGAAGAACGUACGCGGUGGUGGCGUUGGGGUUCUAGUCAGAAGUGGAACAUUCUGUCAGUCCAAUACUCCAAAUAUCGCAAAGUCGUAAUCAAGUAGAAUUAGUAAAAAAAUGCAAAUAAUUACAAUACUCUUAAAUUAACUAAAGUGCAAGCAGGCACUCUGUAAUUGCUUCAAUUGUAAUAAAAUUGUACUCACUCAAUAUUGGGUAGGCAUAACAUUAAGAUACAUUUUACGCAAAAAUAUUGUUCCGAUAUUUAAUCUGACUAAGUACAUUUCGCAGCUUUUUGGUGACCGUUUAACAAUCUCAAGAUUAGACUAUAUAUUGAAAUAAAUGUAAUAAUCAGAUAAAGUGUGUUCGUUACAAUUUUUGUUUUACAAUCACAAUCCUUACAUUGAAUUCGCGCCGAGUUUAUUGCUGUGUGAAUGAGCACCAAAGAUUUGUAAAGAAUUGACUAGAUUUGGUGUAAUACAAUUAAGAAAAAUUAAGGGACCUGAAACGAUAUACAUUAUGUGUUUAAUAAGGUAGUUGGUAGUACCGAUUUGAAAAAUCUCACGUAAUUUAUACUAACUUUCUUUAAUCACUUCAAGGAUUCCAAUUUAUGAGCUUAUGUUUCGAACUGAAAUUAUCUCGCAAUUGUUAUAACUCUUCCACUCUGGUGUUACCGGACACUAAUUUCAAGGAAUAGAAAUAUUUUACUUUUAGUACUAUUUUAACUUUUUUUUCUAAUUUCGAAGAUGUUUUGAUAUUGUUUUUGUCGAACACAACUGAGGCCAGUUAAUUUAAGUUAUUCUUACUUUGUACAUUGUACAGAUUUAGCUGGAUUUGUAAUUUUACUUGCUAUCGGCAUCGCUCUGCCAAACACUUUUGUUGAAUAUGUCCGCAAUACUCAUUUUUUACAAUCAGUGUACGAUAGAGCCUUGACGUACUUUCAAGUAAACCUUCAUUUAUUUCACAUCUUUAAUAGUUAUGUACCUAGAUUUAUACGUUUCAUCUCAGCACAAAAUCCCUUACUUCGGGAAACUUAUGAAUGCAAUAUUUGACACUACGUUUAUUAUUUAUUAAUAAUAACUCCCAUUACAUAUUAAACUAAAGUUACCAACAUGUUGUUCAAACCUUAGAAUAAAUUUUGACAAAUCGCUUUAAUGAUUUCGAACGUUACCGUUAUACCUGAUUUUAAUUAUUUUUUUGUUUUUUAUUAACGUCGAAGUUUUCGCCGACUUUCAUUUAAAUUGGGGAACAAUUUAUCUUUAAGAAUUGUGAUUUCGAAGUAUCGUUAGAUUAAUCUAUGUGAUAAUUGACGAUAUUUAUGAAGAUAUGGGUCAACACAACAAAUUCAACGCAGUCUUCCAUUGCAUCUUUCCAUUAGUAGAUAAAUUGAAACACAAUAACGUCGAAUAUUCAUGUAUGAAAUGACUGAAUCAUUUCAAUACAAUACGUAUACGUUUACUUUGGAAAUUCUUUUGAAUUCGAACAAACAGUUUUAUACUUCGUCAUUAUCUACUACAAAUGUGAUAUUUAGAUAGGUACAUAAGGUACGUUUUUUAAGGCAUGGAUUUGCCUGACAUGGUGACCUGUUGCUAAAAUCUUAAAACCAGUUUUUCUCUGGUACCUAUAAACACAACUUAAAAAACGUCAUUCUACAAAGUUGCAUGACUCGUUAAUAUAAGAUAAAAUGUAAAUAUUUUUAGUUUAUAAGUUUUUUUUUAUGCCUAACUUAAUUUUUGUUGAACUUCGAUGAUUAUUCUUUUCUGUUAAUUGUAAAUGAAACGUAUUUUUGUAAGUUUUCACAUAGUGUACAAUUUUGUAGAUAUUGUUUAGAACAUUAACAUUCUGUAAAAAUGUGUUCUUACUGUAGUAAAUUAAAUAUAACGAGAAUAUUUUAGUUACA